CUGUAGACCCGCUUCUGCCGCACCUCGCUGGCCACGCCCCCAGUCAAACAACAGCGUUGGGUAGGUGAAAAGACAUUUCAUCUAUUUAUGACUCGACAGGUAAUAUGUGUACCGCGUUUCGAUGUCCAGCUGUUGUUAAAGAACCAGAUGAUUUGGUUAUGGAGCUGAAGCCCUCUCUGCAUCAUGACCCGAACCGGACUGGGAGGCACUGCGAGACCUGGAGCGUCCGCUUCUCACCCGGAGGAUCUUAUUUCGCCUGGUCAAUGGGCUUCGGCAUGGUCAAGAUUCUCUCCUGGCCGCUGACACCCAAAGAUGUUGAAGAUGGAAACAGUAAGAGCAGGACACUAAACUGUAAGCAGGCCGUUUGGGCUCUGGCCUUUGGACCCUGCACGUCUACCCCAGCGGAUCAGAACAGACAUGAACGUGACCUUCUCCUGGCCACCGGUCUGAACAACGGUCAGAUCCAAGUCUGGGUCGUCUCAUCUGGAAGCCUGCUGUAUACUCUCACUGGACAUCAGGCUCUUGUCAGAGAUUUGGUCUUCGCUCCAAAUGGAAGUCUCACUCUUGUGUCGGCCUCUCGAGACAAAACUUUAAGGAUAUGGGACUUGGCAAAGAAAGGAGGUAAUCCACAUGUACUGAAGGGUCCAAACCACUGGGUGUUCAGAUGUUCAAUAUCACCUGACAGCAGUAUGAUCGCUUCACUGUGCAACUUUGACUCGAAGCUGUAUUUGUGGAGUAUGCGCUCCUACACCUUUAUGAGACACCUGACCUACGACCACGAGCGCACCAUGGUGUCAUGUGACUUUUCUCCAGAUGGAGCGUUGCUUGCUGUUGCUUCGUAUAAUACAUCUACAGGCUGGUGGUUGGACCUGUGGGAUCCUUACACAGCAGACCUUCUGACUAGAGUCGAAAACUGUGAGUUGUGCGGAGACAGAAGCGAAUCUCUACCGACCAAUCUGAGUUUCUCGCCUGUCGGCCUGCUAUUGGCUUUCAAAGACUACAGGGCAUUACAAAUCUGGGAUGUGGAACGAGAUGAGUUAGUCACAGAUACAGAUCACAACCGUGCCGGUGGGCUGUGCUGCGCUUUCCAUCCACACGGGAGCAUCAUUGCUACAGGGUGCAGAAACGGACAGGUGAAAUUCUGGAGAGUACCUCGCCGUGUGCCGAGCCUCAAGCAUCUGUGCCGGUCUGCCCUGAGGUUCUCCGUUUCAACCUAUCAGGUGGAAGCGCUUCCUCUGCCGAAGAAAAUUCUGGAAUUUCUCACUUACAGGGAUGUUCAGAAGCAAAAGAUCUUAUGUUGUAAAAAUCAUUGGAGCUGAGGAAUAUGGCUAUUAGAUGCAACAGAUUUUUCACUUUAUAAACUGUAAUGUAAUUUUGCCAGGAUUCCUAACUUUUCUAGAUUUUAAAUUAUGUAUUGUAAUGUAAUUUUACCUGGAUGCCUUUUACUUCUCCAGAUCUUAAAUUAUACAUUCGUGAAUACACUUUAAAUGAUUAAGUUACACUUAAACUAUUUAUUAAAAUACUUUAUUUUUUACAUGUUUUAAUUUCUUUUUAUUUAUUAUAAGAUAAGCAUACAAAUGAACAUGCAAAAGGGUUCUGAGCAGAUUUGUUUUUUUAGUCAAAAUCGCUGUCAACAGUGACUGAGCAGUACAACACGUCCUCAUUUAUCCAUUUCACACCUUCAAAGUGUGGAUCAUGAGCCUAUCCAUCGCUGACUACUAUGUCUCGAACUGCCUGGAAAGCAGCGACCAUUGAGCUGAGCUGGAUCUUCUCAUUGGUUCCAGAGGCCAGACGAUACCUUGUAGUUAAAAACAGGUUAAUUUGUACUGUAACACUAAUCAACCAAUCAUAUGCAGAUUAAAAUAAAAGGAUUGCACUCA